GGCUUCUUGGGCCCAUCGUCAACAUGGGCAUAUAGCCGACAUGCCAUGAACAUGAUCCAGGCACACCUCGGUGAACACUCCUCCCCGGAUGUUCCGAUGAACGUCGACGGCACUGCUUUCCCAUUGGAUACGGCUUCAUUGAAGGAUCAUUCCAGUUUGACCACCUUGGACAAUUUGCCUUCGUUUGACUAUGCUAUUUACUUGACCAACACUGUCAAGUUCCACAUCACUCAAACUUACCAUUUGUUUGAGGAAUCCAACUUUAAUCGGACUCGACAUGUCAUCUAUAGCCAGGACCCUCCGCCGAUAGGGUCUAAUCGACUUGAGUACAUACAGUACUUCGUCGUCAUGGCCCUUGGCAAGGCGUUGUUGGGGCGCGCUGGAUCUAGUGCACAACCACCGGGCAACGAAUACUUCUUACAAGCCAUAAAACUGUUUCCAGAUAUAACAGGUCUUUGUCAAGAUCCAAUUCUGUCUCUUGGACUGGCUCUACGUGUCUCUCUAAGUCAAGGUCUACACCGUGAUCUAACAGGGGGCUAUCUUGACCCUACCGAGGAGACAAGGCAUCGCAGUGCCUGGUGGACCUUGUACAUCCUAGACCGAAAAUUUGCAUCACUCAUGGGCGCCCCGAGUUCGAUAAACGAUGGAGACAUUUCAGUUCUCCUACCCGAAGGGCCUCACGCAACCCAAAAAUCCAAAGUUGUCGAUAUGCAUGUCAAGCUCUCACGGCUCAUGGCUAAAGUCAUCAACACUGUUUAUGCAACUGAUGAUCGGCUUGGCUCAUCUUUUCUUCGAAACACACAGGCUAUUCUUCGUGAGUUGGCCAAGCUCGGAGAUGAUUUGGCUGCAUCCCCCGAGCUAAAGCCAGGGAACUCCAGUCCCGUUGGUCGAGUUUCGGCAACACUUAAUCUUUGCUAUCAUCAGUGCAUUCUGCUGGCUACACGUCCCCUUCUGAUCUGUCUCCUUCGUGACAGACUACAAGAUAAGACGGCUGGUGGUAGUCCCGAUCGACAUACUGUUGAACCCAUCACGGCUCUUCUGAAAACGUCGAGUGAGUCUGCGAGCAAGUCAUUACGCAUAUUGGCUGCAUUGCAAUCGCAUGACCUGCUAGAAAUAUUUCUCCCCUUUGACCUCGAGCAGAUAUUCUCUUCAGGUUUCAUCAUUACACUCAUCUCGGCCAUACACCCAUUCCCGAAUGCCGUCGACGAAGCCGGCUUUGACAAGUCCCUAAACCUACUCGAUACGCUCAUCGCCAAUGGCAAUAUCCCGGCACGCUUCCGUCGUGAGGAGCUUGUUCGUCUACACGAGAUGCUGCUCCUUGUCAGUCAGCAAGAAACAGCCCCAGAAGACGUAGGAGGCGACGAUUUAGAUCCUUCGCAUGCCAUGCCUCAUAGCAUGUCGCCGAAUCAGAUACUGUCCAUUGCCAACUUGUUGGAUUCUUAUCCAGAUCUAGAUAGCAUCGUGGGCGUAGGAACUGAGGGGUGGUUGUGGGAAACAGACGCUGCAGCAGUUCGGCAUUUGGAACCUCAGGCGGGCCAAGAUAUCCCAGAUAUCACCAGUCCCCAGACCGAAAUAUCCCAAUGA